AUGAGCGAAAGAGCCUCCUUGACUACGGCGGUCGGCUCGAAGAAAUGUUCAUGGCAGCCACCCACGCAAAAUUUCUACAGCGCCAUCAACACGGUUGGUAUCGCACCCUGUGUCGUGGGUAAGAGCAACAUGUUUCGCAAGUCUCACUUGGAACGCCUGACCGACCCCGCUCAGAACCCUCUCCUUUCCCCCGCCAAUGCUGCCCGUAGGCGUGGUGUCGACUAUUUCUCGUCCUACAUCUGCGAGAACCGCCUCAUUGGUGGCCUCAUUUUCAAGUCAAAUAUCUCAGGCUACAAGAAGCACGGGCUUGUCCGCGGCGAAGUAGCUAUUCAGCCCAUUUCGGGCAUGACUGUUGCAGCUUACAUUGCUCGCCGUGUGCGAUGGCUUCGUGUACGGAAGUGGGAGAAUCUUAACGGCCACGCUUGUGGAACCAGACAUGAUGCGACAGAGUCCCAAGGCGGUCAAGUGAGCGAAAUCGAGGUCACUGGUGGAGUGGGCAGGAUUUCGAAGUCACGAGCGGGGUGGGCGAGAUUUGAGGUUACGAGCGAGGUAAGGGAGAUUCGAAGCCACAAACGUGUGAACGAGAUCAGCGCUCCCAACAAUCCAAUCAAUCCAAUCCAGGCCUAA